AUAAAUAUUUUUAUACAAUUUCCGAAUACAAAGAUCAUCAAAAUGUUCAUAAAUUCCCGAUGUCAAAUAUGUUUGCAUGUGCUAUAUGUAAACAACAGAAGUUUCAAAGCUUUGGUCAUCUCGUUUUCCAUCACAAAACAAAGCAUUCAGGUACGAGUUGCAAGAUAUGUGAUGCCGUGUGCGAAAAUAAAGCAACCUUGUUAUGGCAUUAUACCACGUAUCACAAAAAGAAUAAUACAUAUGUAUGUAAUAAAUGUGUUUUCACAUCUAGUCUUCUUUACCUCCUAAAGAAGCAUGCAAUAUAUAAUCAUUCUUAUGUUGUUAAGUUUUGCUGGGCUUGUAACAACCAUUUUUUUACAUUGCACGAAUACAAAGUUCAUCAAAAUGUUCAUAAAUCUAUGACGUCAAACAUGUUUAAAUGUAGUAUAUGUAACCCCGAAAGAGAAUAUAUUUCGUUUCAUGAGUUGAUCGACCAUCACAAAAAACAGCAUUUCAAGAAACCUUGCGACAUGAGUGACAAUAUUUACAAAGAAAAGGAGAAGUUAGACGAACAUCGAUCUGUGUUUUUGGAACGGUCAAAUACUUAUGACGAAGAGAAGAUGGAGGUAGAUGAUCAUCAAGUUGGUUAUUCAGUACACCAAAAUACUUAUGAAGAAGAUAAAGAGAAGUUAGAUGAACAUCAAUCUGUUCAAUCGGCAUGGCCAUAUACAUGUGCAAUAUGUGAUGAAGAAUAUAAUUUCUUUGUUUCUCACGUACUUCCCGUUCAUUCAAGUGUGGCACUGCAACACGACUGUUCAAUAUGUACUUCUGCAUAUGUUAAGUUUCGGAACCGAAAAUCCAACUUAUCCUCUAUUUGUGACAAAAAAAAGGAAGAGGAUGUAUAGCGACCUGUUAUUAUGCAAUAGCCAUUCGAUUGUCAAAUAUGCUAUGAACAAUAUGUUUACUUUUUUUCUAACGUACUUCUCUAAAUGUAACUCAAUAAGUACAGCAAUAUGUAUAGGAAUAUAAAUAUAAACGUGAAAAUUGAUUAUAGAAGUGUACAAUUAUCAUAUAGUGUAGCACAUGCAUGCUUAUAUGUAAAAAGU